UUUUAAAUAUUUUAUACUUUAAUGUAUAAAAUGAUAUGAACAUAAUGUAAAUUCAAAAUUUUUAAUAAAAUAAAUGAUACUAAGGUACUAAAAAAACUAUAUUUCUAAAAAAAUUAUACACAAUGAUGAUAUCCUAUAAGCUUUGGCGUUAAUGGAAGAAGGAACAUCAUCCUCAAAACCAUCUUACAAUACCUAUUCUUGCCUUCCGCAGUCGAUCAGCAAUAACAUAGCAGACCAUCAUCAAGUGACCCUUAAUUACAAACAGGGUAUAGAUAAGAUUCCAGUGCUUUCUAUCAAGAGGUUCUCUUCUUCAAGAGAUUAUUACAAUCAAAAUAACAUAGAUACUCAAAUUAAAAAUAAUAUGGAUAUGCAUAGUAACGAAAAUAUUUCAGUAUCGUCUCUUUCCACAACUUUACCCUCAUUUUUCAAAUACACCAAUCCCGACCCUUCCAACAAAACUAUCACUUUAAACUCACAAAACCGAGAUUUUUCAUUUCUGGCCCCUUUAUCAAAAUUUACUUCUCCUUUGGGGGUGAACUCCAACAAAUCCCAGGGCGCGAGUUCAACUAUUCCCCAUGCCACUAUCAAUGUCAAUCAACUCAACAAUAUUAACAAUCGAAUCAAUUUUGUGUCUAAUUCUAUCAACGAGAUAAUGAAUCCCAAUAUAAAUGUCAGCAAGCGAACUAGCCCCGCUUCUACACUUUCUAUGAUGACCAAUUUUUUGGAAGAAGCCGUAAUGUCAAUUACCGACGAAAACUCCGAAAAUGUUAUUCAAAAAAAUAACGCAAAUUGUCUGGAUUUCAACAAUAUGACCAAUAUAAAAACGUUGCUACUCGAUUCGUCCUGUACUAUGAACAUAGAUAAUAAAGAUAAAAAUGCCACUAAUAUAUCUACCAAGGAUUAUCUGCGAAACGACAUAACUCCCCCUCUUGAUAUGCUUCUCUCAUCCUCCUCCAUUUUCCCUCUCAGCAUGAUCGAUCACAAUCUUAACAAUUACAAUAAUCAUAUUUUAUUAUCCUCCCUGGAAAGUGGCAUGAUAGGGAUGAACCAUUCUUCUUCAUUCGACAAUGAAUCCAAUAACAACCAUUUAGCAACUUAUGCUACCCUUACCCCCCUUCAACCUUUACCAUCUAUACUUUCAACGGUAACGGAAAAGUUUUUCAAUCAAAACGAAUCCAACGAUCUGUCGUCCUCUAUGAUCUCUCACGAACAUUUGCAACACCAACAUCAUCAACAAUUGCAUGAUCAGCAACAACAGAAUCACCACAUGGUGUUACUAGAAAAUAAUAACCAAAGAUCGAAUUACUCCCCGCUUACGCACCAAUCGUUUUACAAUUAUCCUUAUUCCGGAAGUUCAAACGUUGAAAACGAAAAGAAACAGCUUCAUUCAAUAAAACUGGAGGCUUUGCUCAUGCAAGCUGAUAUGAAUAACGAGAAAGUUAACAUCCGUAAUUUGACGAACCCAGUACUAUCAAAUCAGAUUCAACACCUCCAAAAUGUGUUAAGAUCCGAUAUUUUCACUAUUAACGACAACGAAAGUAAAAAAGAAAUGGAGAAUUUUAUAGCGAAUAGCAUCAAAAAUGAAAUUUAUGAUCCAACCAAUAUACCCAAUUAUUUAGGAUCAAAUAUUCAGGAUACAUCGGAUAAUGACGCAUUAACAUCAAAUCUUAUAGAUAGUUUUCAAAAUCAAAUGGUUACUUCCACAUACCAGUUACUGAACAAUAAUAACUUAUCAGCUUUGAACAUAAUGGAUUCUUACCAAUACGAAAAGCUGGCUGCACUCGGUUUGAAUCUAAAUUACAAUAUAAACCCAACGAAUAAUUUAUCCAAUACAAAUUCUAAAAAUUCUACGUUAUCUUUUCUGUCGAAUGAUUCCUGCAUAAAUUUUAUAAAUAACAACUUAAACAAUAUUUCUUCGCAGUCCAAUGCAAGCACGGAACUGCAAACAGCUUUAGAAAUUGAUCAUUUCAAUUAUAUACAACAUCAUUUACAACUUCGAAAUUUAGAAAAUAAUUUGACAACGGGUAUGAGCCAUAUUAAGACCGAACAAAAGAAUCUUUUACGCCAGGAUCAUGACACGCAAAAGUUGUUAUUGAUGGCUCAGGAAAUCGAACAGAUUCCAAAUCAAAAUUUAUCACAGAAUAUUCUUACACUUGAUGAUAUUCUAUCGAAUCAUAACACCAACUCUUUCCUUAUGGACAAUCGUGGUGACAUAUUAUCCAAAAAUAUUGAAAACAAUGCUUUAGACAACUACAAUAUAUUGGGAGCUGGAAAUAGUAACAUCGUAAUUCAUCAUCAUGGAACCUCCACUUAUCCUAACCAAUCAAAAUUAUCUUACGAAAAACCAAAGGUUAAUAGGACAUCUCAAUCUAAAGAAAACCUAAACAACAAAAAUGCAAUAAAUGUCGGAAAUUACCAACCAAACACUUUCGCACAAUCAAAUAUAAUCCAAACAAAUUCAAUGAUACCACAACAAUUUUAUGCACGAUUAAACAACGUUAGUCAAUCAUUAAAUAUACCUGACCAUUUGAUGGACAUAUAUAGAUCAGAGGAAAACACUAUCACAUCUUUUCACAAUAAUUUUGACAUCAACGGUAAGUUACCCAACAUAGUCGUCAUCAAGAACGAUCUUAUGGAAUCUAAUAAACACUCUAAAAAAAAUCACCUACUGGGAAAUAAUUUUUCCAUUCUAACCACCGAUUCUACCCACUUUACCCAUAUUUUAAAUGAUAACAUAGAAUCGUCAAAAAUGCAUACAGAUGACAAUAUAUUCGGUCAGCACAUGAUAAACAGCGAUAAUAAGGAUGCAGAACACUUUUCUCAACCCUUGAUACUAGAAAAUUCUUCGCUUAACUCUUCCGGUGGGUGCUCACCUUGUUCAACUCCCACCUUACCACCUCCAAUCACAACUGUUAAUAAUUUCGUGAACAACAACACUCCGUCUAAAGAGGAUAAAAACAGUUCAAGUGCUAAUUCGAAUACUAAUAAAUACAAAUCGAAAAAUACAACGAACGUUAAAUCACACAACCAAGGAGUGACUAAAACCUCUAAAUCAAAGCAUAAAGCUAACAAUAGCUCCACUAUAGGAAUCGUCGAAGAAGAUGGGAUCAUAAGUAUGUCCCCCAUGACUCUAAGCUCUGCUCCCAUAUUGUUGCCUGACUCAAAAUGUGCAUCAAUCAUUAAUCUCUCAGAUCAGAAAACCAUUUCGGACCUCAAUAAUAAUAAUAUGGGUUCCACGUCAGGAAGUGGUGGCGAGGAAAUGGAAGAGAUUAAUACAAAGGAUUUGGCUCAAAAGAUAUCUAGCGAACUUAAAAGGUAUAGCAUUCCCCAGGCUGUUUUCGCCCAGAGAGUAUUGUGCAGAAGUCAGGGAACUCUAAGUGACCUUUUGAGGAACCCUAAACCUUGGAGCAAACUUAAAUCUGGGAGAGAAACCUUUAGACGUAUGUCGAAAUGGUUGGAUGAACCUGAAUUUCAGAGAAUGUCGGCACUUAGACUUGCAGAUCGCGGGACAAACAAAGUGUGGCGUAUCGACGAACGCCAACCUGUUGGGAAGAACGAUAUUACGAUUCGAAAUAAAGUUUCGAAAAAGAAAGAAGACAAGUUAACUUUCAUACCGGAGCCUAUUCCUGAACAUCAAAUACUUAACAUACCACCUAAUGUAGCCUCAUCUGAAAGCAGUAAUAGUAGUAAUGGUCAUAAAAAACCGCGCUUGGUAUUUACCGAUAUACAAAGACGAACAUUACAAGCGAUUUUCAAAGAAACUAAACGUCCCUCGAAAGAAAUGCAAAGCACCAUAGCCCAACAAUUAGGUCUAGAUUUAAGUACGGUUGGUAAUUUUUUUAUGAACGCAAGACGUAGGAGUCUGGAUAAAUGGCGGGACGAUAGAUGCAGCAGUAGUACGGGUAGUCUUUAUUGUCAGAGCAAUGCGGGUGACGAAGAUUUCGAAGAAGACGUAGAUUUAAGGGACAGCUUUAUGGACGAAAAAUAUGACAAAUUUAACGAAAUGGACGAGGUAAACGAUUAUCUGAUGGACGAUGAAGUGUACACCUGUCAAAUAUCUAGCAACCAUCAUACCACCAACAAAAAAGCAAACUCCUCCUCUUUAUCAUCUUCUAGCCAACACCUUUCCUCUUCACACAAGAGAGCAAUUAACCGUAAUAGUCAUAUCAAUGUAGGCAGAAGAUCAACGUUGGAGGGCUCUAAUGCCAACAACAAAAUUCAUGACCGUAAUUCCUCGUCAAGGAGAUCAAAUAGAUCUUCUCUCAACAAGACUUCAUCAGCAAUCAAUGCCAAUUACACCUCUAACAACAGUUUCCCUUGUCUCAAAGACGAAUUUAACGAUAGUAGCGGUACCGAGGAUAUGGAAGUGGGAGUCGUGAGUAGCACAACUUUCUGUUCGGAACCACAAAACGGUAAUGGUAACAACAAUCUUGCUGCAAACAACAAAAAUCUUGGUACUGAUAUUGGACAGAAUGAAAACAAUGAAUACAUGAGCGCCACUGGAGCCGAAAGAUUAUGCGAUGAAGACAUUUUAAGGAGCGAUAUCAAGGAUGAAAUGGACUUUGAAAACACAUAUGACCCCGCCGAUAAGGAUGGAAAGCGGAUUGCAGCUUCGCAAUAUUACAGGGAGGGGGACGGAGAAAAAAUAAGUACGACUACAAAGGAAGCUCAACAAUGCGGUGCCAAUAAAUUUUCCGAAAAUACGGGCGAUGCCAGUACCGAUAAAAAUAUCGACAAAUCACAAUCAACCCUCGGGGAUUCUAGCGAAAUAGACCCACCUAAUGCCUCACGCGAAAACUCUAACGAUAUAAACCGUAUGCAUGAUCAAUUGAAAAAUUUUAAUAAUAACAACCGCAGAAUUACGGCUAUUGAACUGACCUAUUGAAUUACCACGAUUAUAUUUAACUUAAUAUAUUUAUCAGCUGAGAGAAGAGGAAAAAAUCAUAUAUAUACCCAAAUUCAAAGAUGAGUACAAUACACACUUUAAUCAUUCCUCUAUAAAAAAUAAAAUAAAUUUAAAUAUCCAUUACAUUCCAAUUUUAUUUUUUGAUUUCUAAAAAAAAACUUAGAUAAUUCGACAUUUUUAUACUUAU